AUGCGGUCCUCUGCUCUCGCUACUUUCCCGCUCUUCUCUCUUGCACUUGGUGCUGUCAACUGGAGUGCUUUCGAGUCAUGUGUAACCUCAAGUGGCACUGCAUCUGUUAAGACAGUGUCGACAUCAGUCGCAACUACAACAAUCCAACAGCCCGACGUUAUCAUCAAGCACACAUUCCACCCUCAACAUCUCUUCACUCCUCUACCUUUCACCAAAUUCUGGACUCACACCUUCCAAGAAACAGACACUGCUGUAUCUACUGUCACCAUCCAACUGACACACACCGAGUUCGUUCCAACUUCGACUAUCGUGAACACCUACACGCAGACCCAAGUCUCCAAUGUAUUCACAACGGUACCAACUCCCGCUGGAUUCCUUCCUAUCGCCAACACAACGAACUCGGCUUACCCUAAUGGACAAUCGCUCAGCAGCUCUUCGGCUAGCGCAUCGCAGUCUAGUGCUGCCCCUUCGCAAUCGAGCUCCGCAUCUGCUGCUACUUCCGCUUCCGCAUCUGCCGGUUUCAACAUGACUGCUUCGGCUUCCGGCUUUGGUGCCUCAAGUGAUGGCUCUGCUGAUCUGGAGGCAAGAAGCCCCAAGAACCCCAUCAAGCAAUUUGCCCAUGCUGUUCACUGCUUGAAGAGUGUCCUUAUCCAGAAGACUAUCGACACUACUAUGACUGGAACCACCCAGACCAGCACGCUCGCUCAGGCUACAGUGACCGCUACUGUCAGCGCGACUGCCACCAUCCAGGUCCUGCCAAAGUUCGGUCACGGAAAGACCAUCUACACCACCGCCGUCACGACCGUGACCAAGGGCUACAAUGUUUACUCGAACAAGUUUGUGACUGCUGAGGUCACAUCUACCAGCACUGCCUAUGCCGCAUGUCAAACAAACAACAUCCUCAACUCUGUGGCUUCCGUCAAUGGUCAGGCAAAGUACAAGACCACUGUUGCAAGCUCGGCUGAGCAAUGCUGCGAGCAAUGCCAGCAGUCCAGCAACUGCAUUGGAUCUGCUUUCCAAGCCCUGCUCCCCCUCGGCGGUCGCUGCCUCAUCUACUACGCAAACACUUGCCCUGCUCAGUCUGCAAAUGCUUUGCAGUAUACUCCUGCCGCAAUUAAGCAGCUUCCUGGACUCUAUGCUCUAAGCAACGGCGCAUGCGGCUACAUGUUCUCAGCGGCUAGUGGACAGGCAUUCGGACAGUCAUUUGGUCAUGCCCAUGGCCAUGGGUGGUAA